AUGGCAUCGCAAGGAACCGGCUACGACCUUUCGGCGUCGACCUACUCGCCAGACGGACGCAUCUUCCAGGUUGAGUAUGCGAACAAGGCAGUGGAGAAUGCAGGCACAGCUAUCGGGCUCAAGUGCAAGGAUGGGGUCGUGCUGGCCGUCGAGAAGCUCGUGACGAGUAAACUGCUCGUACCGGGAAGCAACCGCAGGAUCUUCAACGUCGAUCUGCAUGCUGGUUUGGUGAGUGCGGGUUUGAUAGCAGACGGCAAGCACAUGGCCAAUCGGGCAAGAGAGGAAGCUCAAGCUUUCAGGGACACAUACCGCUACGCAUCGCCCAUCAAGGCACUAGCAUCCCGUCUGUCCCUCUACGCAUCAGCAUACACGCUCUACUCAUCCGUACGGCCGUUUGGUAUCUCCACCAUCAUUGGCGGCAUCGAUCAAGAUACGAACGAGCCACAAUUAUUCAUGAUCGACCCUUCCGGUGUCUUUUGGGGCUACCACGGAUGCGCUAUCGGCAAGGGAAAACAGUUGGCCAAGACGGAGAUUGAGAAGCUUGACUUGCCGAAUCUGACCGUCAACGACGCUGUUCAGAAGGCUGCUGACAUCAUCUACAAGGUGCACGAUGAUGCCAAGGACAAGGACUUUGAGCUAGAAAUUUCGUGGAUCGGGCCAGAGAGCGGUGGAAAGCACCAGAUGGUGCCUGCAGACAUUAUUGCAGAAGCCGGGAGGAAAGCCAAAGAAGCGCUGGAUGACGACAUGGAAGAUUGAUUAUCUUUCAGUAAUACCAGAAUAUUCUGUUCUAUCAUUGAGACGCGAAGCAGGAUAUACAUAUGCACAACAGAUGCGCAUCACAACAGAGAAGCUCAGCAUGCUCUCUUCGGCUAAAUGACUCUUUGACCGGUUCAUUGCGAUUGAACGUGCGGCCGAGCGCGUUGGAUACAUUCCCGUGCGGGCUGAACAAGUGCUUUGCUCAAGAUCUGAUAAUCUGCUAUUGUAUGCCCAUCGCCGUCGGUUUCCUGCGGGCUAAUGAGAUCAGGAGUAUAGCUGAAAAGAGAGCAAUCACAUUGUUAUAAGCGCGCAAUGAAAGAGCCGUGCGCAGCGCUACCGAAUGACUUCCUUCGUUGGGGCCACAGUUCAGAAACUCACCCUUGCGCUCGGUAGAACUCCAGCGCUGACCGAUUGUGCAGAAACGCAGUCAGCAUG